GCUGUGCGUGCGCGCUCGCUCGCGUGCGCGCGUCCGCGGUAGUGACGGGCAUGGCGGUGUGUGCUCGGCUCUGCGGCGUGGGCCCCGCGCGUGGGUGCCGCCGCCGCCAGCAGCGCCGCGGCCCGGCCGAGACUGCGGCGGCGGACAGUGAGGCGGACACGGACCCCGAGGAGGAGCGCAUCGAGGCGGGGCCGGCGCGUUGCUCCCUGCUGGAGCUGCCUCCCGAGCUGCUAGUGGAGAUCUUCGCGUCGCUGCCCGGCACCGACCUGCCCAGCCUGGCGCAGGUCUGCAGCAGGUUCCGUCGCAUCCUGCACACCGACACCAUCUGGAGAAGGCGCUGCCGCGAGGAGUAUGGCGUUUGUGAGAACCUGCGGAAGCUGGAGAUCACAGGCGUGUCUUGCCGGGACGUCUAUGCCAAGCGUAUAAACCCUCGUGUGAAGUCAGGACGCUUCAUGAAAAUUCUUCCUGAUUACGAACACAUGGAGUACAGAGAUGUGUACACCUGCCUGCUUCACCGGUACAGACACAUUUUGGGGCUGUGGCAGCCAGAUAUUGGGCCGUAUGGAGGAUUGCUGAACGUCGUGGUGGAUGGACUCUUCAUCAUCGGGUGGAUGUACCUGCCUCCUCAUGACCCCCACGUUGGCGACCCCAUGCGAUUCAAGCCCCUAUUUAGGAUCCAUCUGAUGGAGAGGAAGUCGGCCACGGUGGAGUGUAUGUACGGCCACAAAGGGCCCCACAAUGGCCAUAUCCAGAUUGUGAAGAGGGAUGAGUUCUCCACCAAGUGUAACCAGACAGAUCACCACAGGAUGUCUGGUGGGAGGCAGGAGGAGUUUCGGACGUGGCUGAGGGAGGAGUGGGGCCGCACGCUGGAAGACAUCUUCCACGAGCACAUGCAGGAGCUGAUUCUGAUGAAGUUCAUCUACACCAGUCAGUACGACAACUGCCUGACCUACCGGCGGAUCUACCUCCCUCCCAGCCACCCCGAUGACCUCAUCAAGCCUGGCCUCUUUAAGGGCACCUACGGCAGCCAUGGGCUGGAAAUCGUGAUGCUUAGCUUCCACGGCUCUCGUGCCAGGGGCACCAAGAUCACGGGCGACCCCAACAUCCCCGCGGGGCAGCAGACUGUGGAGAUUGACCUGCAGCGCCGCAUCCAGCUGCCAGACGUGGAGAACCUCCGAAACUUCAAUGAGCUCUCCAGGAUCGUCCUGGAGGUCCGGGAGCAGGUGCGGCAGGAGCAGGAGGCUGGCGAGGGCCCCGCUCCACACCGGGAGCCUGCAGUCAAGGACCCUGAAGGGCCACCUGCUAAGGCCAGCAAAGAGGCCGGCCCUGGAGCUGAGGCCGCUGAGCAGUCAUCCACGUCUGGGCAGGGACAGCCGUUUGUGCUUCCUGCGGGUGUCAGCUCGAGGAAUGAGGAUUACCCCCGCACCUGCCGGUUAUGUUUCUAUGGCACAGGCCUCAUCGCUGGCCAUGGCUUUACGAGCCCCGAGCGUACCCCCGGCGUCUUCGUCCUGUUCGAUGAGGACCGCUUUGGGUUUCUCUGGCUGGAACUGAAGUCCUUCAGUCUGUACAGCCGAGUCCAGGCCACCUUCCAGAACGCCGACGCACCAUCGCCACAGGCCUUCGAUGAGAUGCUCAGGAACAUCCAGUCUCUCACCUCCUGACCUCCUCGUGGGCGGGCGGAGAGGCCGCGCCGGCGCCCGGGUGGGGGAAGCAUGCACUUUAGAAAUGAACGCACACCUCCUCACCGGGGUCCUGGUCGCCCUGAGACGCCCUUGUAUAGUGUGUAACAUACUCUUGUACAUUUGAUUUGUUGGUAGCUAUGAAGGUGAACGUGAAGCACUGUGGGAAAAUAAACGGAGUUGAGCAAGGAUGAAUCUGAAUGGUUGGUGCCUGUGGCACAGAGAAUCAAACGGAUGCGUGGGAUGGUGGCGUCGGGCUCAGGGACCCUGAUGGGUUUCCAUCUCCUCACUGGCUUGCUUAGAUUUUACGAGGGCAUUCGACCAUGACCUGGUUCUGGUUGCUAGGGGCCACCAAGGACUGCAAGGGAGUCUCUACUCUGGCCCCUAGUGGUCUCUGGGCCACACCUCCGCUAGCAGUAGAGCCAGGCUGUGAGGCCAGCUACUUGCUUGUCCCCAGCAGCCACAUGCUCUCCCUUGGUCCUCUCUCUGUGUUUAUCUGGAGGGCCUGCCCUGCUGGACACCAUGUUCCUGAUGCUUUUCUUUCAUAGCUGUGCUGGUGCCUUCCACAGUGUUGACGGUGUCAGCGGAGGACGCUGUGAAGCCCUUCGGAGGUGAAUGAGAGACAGUCCUGUAGACGGUUGCACUUCUGUGUGCAUUAUUAAUUCAGAGCAUUACUGACUGAGGGCUUACCUGUUCGCAGACCCUGAGGGCUGGGCCAUGCUAGCAUCUGUGUUUGGGAAACCUGAGCCCAGCAUUAGUGUCUUCUAAGGGCAGAGGCUAAGAGCUCAGACCUUUCGGAGUGUCUGCCAGCGCUUCCAGUGUUAGCAGGCUUCUAGGCUGCCCUUUCCCUAUGGCUGUUCAUCCUCUGUGGCUUCGGCAAGCCCUGGUUUUAAGAACUCAUCCUACUGGUGAGGGACCUUAGGAAGAUGACAGGCAUGUGAGGAUGGCUAUAUUCUGAUAGCUGGAAGGGCUGGUAGACUCAGGAAAGGUGGUGUGGUGUAGGAAGCUUUAGGAUUUGUCAGGAGCUGUAUGUAACAGACCUGCUGUGAGCUGCCAGGACAGGUCCUGACUUCUAGUUUCUUUUGUAGAAUUGGGCUCCAGGCCUUGUGUUACUUCCCCUGUUAGUCAGGAGAGGCUUUGGACAGUGGUGAGUGUGACUGAAGCCACAGGGCCAGUGGAGUCCAGGCAGUUGGGCACGCAGGUGGCUCUCGUCAGGUGUCACUGGGGAAAAGCAAAAGUAUGUGUUACUCAGAAGCGGAGCCUUGCUUUGGGGAGGCUCCAUCUAGUUCAGGGUUUUCUUAAGUGUCCUCGGCCGCUGCCAGUUAAGUCAGGGCAGUCACUCCGUAUUAGCCAAACACACACCGGCUUUCCUAAACACGGGGCCCGUUUGCCGCAGGUUGAUGAGGGCCAACAUCGCCGUUGGAUGUAGUGCGGCCUCGUGUAGAGAACAGCUAGGUCCUGUUACUCCACUGAGGCAAGUGGACGUCAUUGUCCCUGGGCCUCACCAGGUCAGCACCGUUGGUUGGUCCUCAUUUUGCUCCUCAGGCUGCAUAGCUAGCCCAUGGAUUUUUGGAGAGAAGGCGCCUUGUGGCUUUGCACACUCGGCCUGCCCUGUGUGCGGAGAUGGUGUGGGUAAGGUCAGAGGCAAGCCUCAGGAAGUUUCUAGCGGGGACUGAAUUCUUUUGAGUGAUCGCUGAUGUCUGUUUAUGUCCUGAUUUGUUUAGGCCUGGCCGCGUCAGGCCAUUGGCUGCUGUUACCCAGACCUCAGACAUCAACGGUCUGUCAGUGGUGGGAGAGCUGGACUCCAUGUCUUGGUCCCGACUCACCUUGUGUCCCUUAGAGAUCAGCUGUCUGGCUCCUUGUGUUGUGAGUUCAGACUCUGGGCCGUUCCCACUGCACAUUUCUUAUAUUUCCCCUUGGGACCUCCCUGUCCCCGCAUGUCUACCUGGGGGCUUGGCAGUGGCUUCUGUCCAGAUGCUGUACCAGUCAGGCCCCCCUCACAUCAUGUGGUGGUACACUCGCCUGUUAGCCUUCUUCCUCCACUGAGAACUUGGAGCUGAGCAUGCUGUGGCCUGGCCAGCUGGGACUCCUACCCCAGCCCUCCAGCGGUUCUCUCUGCCCGGCUCGCUGUGAAUGGUGUACCGCCUUUGUGUAUGUUCACCUUUCGGUACCUGUGGCCAUUAGUGGCGCGGACCUAUCCCGCUCAGCUGUCAGGACUUCGUGAACCCCAGGACAGCUACACUUCCUAGUUUGGGACUGUCUUUUUCUCAAGACAGUGGGGUGCAGACAGCACCAAGCACUUGGCCUGUAAUGGGAUGCUGGGCGGAACAGCUGCCUGUGCAGCACCCCUUGCGCUGCUCCCCGCCUUUGUCCUGACGGGGAAGUGUCCUGUGUAACCCUCACCUGGUCCACCUCCCCAGGUCACCAUCUCCCAUUGGCUGUGGAAGACCAAGUCUGGUUCUGGGGGAGAGUGGACUAGCUCCCUGGAGAAACUGUAAAUGGGGUGGGAGUAGGGCACGGUUUAGAACUCUGUGAGGCACUGGCGGUCGCAGCCCCCGGCCUAGCUCCCAAGAAGGGUUUAAUGCUGGGGUAGUGACACUGAAGGAACCUGCUGGGUGCUUCUCUGUGGCUGGAUCCUCCGUUUGCACGGAGACCAGCACGAAGUGACAAGAUGUGCUCUUCUAACCUGUUUCUUGUGCUCGGGAGCCUGUUGGGAGAAUGGGGUUUGUCUGGAGCAUGCCCUCCCACCCCCCAACUCUGGACAGAGGGUGGCUCUUUUUUUUUUUUUUUUUUUUUUUGGUUCUUUUUUUCGGAGCUGGGGACCGAACCCAGGGCCUUGCGCUUCCUAGGCAAACGCUCUACCACUGAGCUAAAUCCCCAACCCCUUAAGAGGGUGGCUCUUAGAAGCUCUCUCAGGUCAGCUCUGCUUUGCCCAAGGGUCAGGGAAGGACCCUGGAACUGUAGCUGCUGUUUGCCUGGUGCCUGACGUCACCUGUGUCUCUCGCCAGGACGUGUGUGGUUCUCCUUUCAGUUCUCAGUAAACCUGUUUUUGAAGCCUU